CCAUAACCACAGAAUUUGAGCUCGUGGUGCGAUUCAGGGGCUGCUUCUCGGAAGUUCCCCGCGAAGCCCUCUCGAUCUCCUUGGUGAUCACAUGGUUUCCGAAGAACCCACUGGCGGGCGCUCAUCAUCUGGAACUUCAGCUGAGAGGCAACAGAGUGAUGGUGGUUUCCGAGGAGCUGGAAGCGUGAUCGAAGCGAGGAACGAACCCCCUGACCUUGAAGCGGACCUGCGAUAUCAUCGAGACUUUCUUGAUCGGCUCUUGCGUUUUGUUUCUACUGAAGAUCAGAAUAGUGUGGCCUACGUCAUUUCGGUCAUCCGAGCCGGUGCAUCUCAUGAAGGAAUUCUCGCGGCGAUGGAUAGAAUGCUAGCAGGACAAAGUAAUGGUGCGGCGACCGAAGAACAGAACGGGGAACUCGAACAGCCAUGACGGGGUCCCUGCGCAGCGAUGAAACAUAUUCUAGACGGACUUGCAAAAGAGGGUGAGGAUUGCGCCGACAGGAAUUUGUUCUGUCCCUUUUCUUCGAAUCUGGAUCAGCUAGCUUUCUUUCGCCCUUUUU